AUGUCGUCAACCAGUACUAUUGAAAAUUCUAAAAAUACUGGUAUGCUUACUCGAAGUUAUUCAGAUCGAAGUAAUGAUCAGAAUCGAGAUGCUAAUAGUCACCCUGAACGUGAUUAUGAUCAAUUAAAAAAACAAUGUGCUACAGCAAUGAACGAGUUGAUGAUGUUGAAAAGACAAUACGGAGAAACACUGCAAAGAUACAACCAGACAAGAAAAGAAUUAGAAUAUUAUGAUAGUCAAAAUCAAGAGUUAUCUUCAUUCGGCAAUAGAUCUGAAGAGGAUAUUCCUGAAGGUGAUACAGCAAGUGGUGAUUCACUUAAUGAUCACUCCAUGCCAUAUGAUUCAACGCUAGAAGAUUAUAAAACUUUGAAAGAGGAAUAUGAAGACUUGCGCACUACACAUUCAGCAGCUGUUGUUAAAAUGGACAUGAUGAAAGAUGAAAUUAAUCAACUAAAAAAACAAUGUAAUGAAUUAUCGAAGGAACGGGAUAUAGCUGUUCGAGAAACAGAGGUUUGUGAUCAACAGCGUAUAACUGCUUUGGGUCGAUGGAAUAUCACAAUUAAAGAACGUAAUUAUCUUCAAGAUGCUAUACAAAUAGUUCAACAAGAACAUAAAGAAGCAGUCAAUAAUAUGAAAGUUGCUGUUGCUGAUAGUGUAAAAAGUAGAACAGAACUUAAAGAAUUGAAUAAAACUCAUGAUGAUGCUGUUAAAGAAUAUAGACGCAUUAUGAGUGAGCGCGAUAUUGUUAAUAAUGAAAUCGAAAAGCUCUCUGAAGAUUUAUCUCAAGCUUACAACAAAAAUAAAUUAUUGGAAAAUGAAAUAAAAUCUCUUAGAGAUGAAAAAAAAACUCUACAAUUGCACGUUGAAUCAUUAUUACGUGAAAUAUCAUCAGCAUUACAUGAUCGUGAUAAAGCACUUAAAGAAUGUAAUAAUUAUCAGGAAAGAUUUGGAGAGGUAACAACUAAAAUUGAAUCUCAAAGAGAAUUUAAGAGUCAUUUAUAUUAUGGCUUGAGUAGAGAAAUAGAACAUAGAAAACAUUCACAGGAACAUGAAGCUUCUUUAGAUUUAUUUAACUCUUGUCAAAAAGAACGUAUGAAUAAUCUGGAUCAAGCUAAUCAAGAAAUUGAACGUUUAAGAAAAUUAGCAGAUAAAUAUCAUUAUGAAUUAGAUAAGUCUCUAGAAGAAGCAGAAGUAUCUAAAAGACGCCGUGAUUGGGCUUUUAGUGAACGCGAUAAAAUUGUGUUAGAGCGUGAAAGUAUACGAACCCUCUGUGACAGUUUAAGAAAGCAGCGCGAUGAUGCUGUAAGCAAGUUAACUCGUGUUUUUAGAGACUGGGAUAACAUAAUGAAACAAAAAAGUGAUACAGCUAAAAAUCACAAUGAUUUUAAGGAAAAAAUGGGAUCUCAAUUAGAAAAAGAAGUUCGCUUACUAAAAUUACAGGCUACUGGUUGCUAUAGUCAAGAUUCUGCAAUAGAUACCGACCUUCAAGACUAUGAUACAGAAAUAUUAAAUAUUGAUUUGGGUGUUUUAGGGACAAAUGAAGAUUUAGGGAUUGAUUUACUUGGUGGAAGAGAUGGUCCUUUGUAUCCUAAUGAUAAUGCAAUUUAUAUAUCAUCUGUCAAUAAAGGAUGUGUUGCAGCAAGGAAAUUGAGAGUUAAUGAUUGUAUAUUAAGAGUGAAUAGCCUUGAUUGUACAUCAAUCAGUAAGCAAUUCGUUUUGGAGACAAUGAGAUCAUUAAGCAGUGCUACUUUGGUUGUAAGCCGAAGAAAGCCUGCUUCUCCAUCAAUUAGUCUUUUCACAACUCAACUUGAAGUAAACAAUUAUGAUCAUGGAAUCUCAUUGGAAACUGGUGUAUACAUUAGUGAAAUAACACCUGGUUCGAUGGCUGCUAAAGAUGGAAAUUUAAAUGUUGGUGAUAGAGUAUUAAGGAUUAACAACACAACAGUAGAUAAUGUAAAACAUUCAAAAGAAGCUAUGCUCUCACUGUAUGGACCUGGUGAUGUAUUAACUAUUACAACUAUGAAAUCUACAUACUGCGCUGGAAAUUGUGGUUCCAGUUCAAAUCGCGAUAUUUAUAAAAAAUAUACUAAUAGUACAACACAAACAGAUAAAUCUAGUUAUUCAAUACAUCAAGAAUCUUAUAAAAAACCUCAAUAUGUCCAGUCAAUAAGAGCUAUGCUUAAUGUACCAGAAAAACCUCAUGGAAAUCCUUCACCUGUCAAUAAUUCUAUCUUUGAACAAGAUCAAAAAAAUGCUUUAGCGGAAUUGGAUACUGUAAUUGAUGCUUUUAGACCACAUCCUGCGCCACCCAUUACUACCAUAGGAUAUCUUAGUCGACAAAGAAAAUCUAAGGAAUUAGACAAGAUUAAUGGUACUUGGCCAAAAGCUAGAAGUAUCCCUGUAAUUGAACACGGAACUGGUACAAUACUUCAUACUAGUAAAAAUAAGGAACGUUGGCCGUUAUCCGUACUUUUAAAUAGUCUUCCGUCUUGGUCAUCUAAAAAAAAAACAAAAACUGAUAUUUCAUCUAUGGAUUUCUCUGUCAGAUCUGGUAAAAUUGGUAAAGAUGUAAUGGAUUAUUAUGUUAAAAAGAUAACUGGUAAAUACAAAUAUAGCGUUACUGAUAGUAAUGCUGGAAAUAACCUUGCAGCAAGACCUACAUCACAUUAUAUGUAUAGACCACCAUCAACCAACGCUCAUAAUUUUCUCACUCCACGAUAUAGUAGAUAUUCACAACCAUAUCCAACCCCUAGACUGGAAUCAAUGUUAAAUUGUUUUGAACCUCCUUACAGUCAUGUUUCUCCAUUUCAUCACAGUCACUCUCUAUCCGUUGACAUGCUCUACAAUAGAAAUAAAAAUAGAUCACCUCAUCGCAUAAUGACUAAUAACAGCUAUCGUAGUGAAGAUAUGCCAGAAUCUUAUCAUGGUUAUAAAGUUGGUACAUUUCCUAGAAAGAGUGAAACCCCGAGGUUUGGAAUCACUUCCAACCCAAGUGUGUCUAAUAAAAGGAGUGAUGGAGCAUUUGGCAUAUCGCCUAGGUGUAUUAAUAGAUCUAUCAGUAGUGAAAAGGAUAGCCCAAUGCUUACUUUUAGAGUUGAAGUUCUUAAUCCUGGAGAAAAAUCUAUGCCUGCCAACAAGCGACAAUCUGUAUAUGAUGUGGCAUCAAAAUAUUUCAAAAGACCACUACAAAGAGGUGUUCGAAGUGGUCCAUUAACUGGCGAGCUUAGAUGGAUCAGUAUAGAGAAAUUAGUCGAACCUCUAGGAAUUAAGAUAUUUUGUGUUGACAGUAGUGGAGUUUUUGUAUCUUCUGUUACUAAUGAACAUAGUGUGGCUUUCAAAGUAGGUAUUCAAGUCGGAGAUCAGCUAUUAGAAGUUUGUGGAAUAAACAUGAGACGUGCAACAUAUCAGUCAGCUGAAAAUAUUUUACAGCAGCAUGGAAACUCAGUUACCAUACUAGUACAAUACAGCCCAGACAAAUACCAAGAGCUACAACGCACCAAAAGUUCAACUAGCACUCGUUCAGAAAGUCCAACACCAUGCAAUUCACCUACUGUUAAUAGAAAGUCUUCAGUUAUAACUCAUGACAUAUCUACAUUAAAUUUGCCAAAGAGUGAUCGAAAUACAGAUAGUACAAGCUUAAGAGCAUAUGAACCACGGUAUUUUAUCAUGGAGACAAAGAAGUGUAGUAACUUAGGAAUAAGCCUAGUUGGCGGAAAUGCUGUUGGAAUAUUUGUACAUAGUGUUAAAUUCAAUUCAUUGGCUUAUAACGCAGGUUUACGAACUGGUGAUUGUAUACUUGAAUGUAAUGUAACAGAUUUAAGAGAAGCGACUGCUGAAGAAGCAGCUUUUGAAUUAGCCAAGCCAGCCGAAAAAGUCACAGUUCUAGCACAAUAUUUAAUUGAUAAGUACAAUGAAAUAAAGGAUAAACCUGGUGAUAGCUUUUAUAUCCAAGCACUAUUUGAUCGUACAAUUGAAUUGAGUGAAGCUGGUAGUAAUUCUUUUCAGCUACCAUUUCGCAAAUAUGAUGUUCUGUAUGUAGAUAACACAUUGUAUAAUGGUGUUCAGGGCAAUUGGCGAGCUUGGUUAGUUGAUCACAAUGGUUAUAAACAACAAGUUGGCAUUAUACCUAGUAAAUACAAAGUUGAAAAAGAACUUGUAAUUAGAUGUAGUGGUGAAAAAUUAGGAGAUGAUGCACAACGUGCAACAAUACGCAGAUUUUUUACACGUAAAAAUCAUCAACGUAACAGUUCCAAAGAAUUGGCUUGUUUUUCAAAUAUAAACUUGGGUUGGCAUACUAGUGAUUCUGGUAAUUUACAUGAUGAUGCCCCUGUGAUGCCUUCUUACCAAGAACUUAUCAGGUUAAAUUCUAAACCAAGCAUUCUAACCACCGAUUUAAUUAAUUUUAAAUCCACUGAGCAAGUGAAAUUAGAUAAUGAAUCUCGACCUUCUCAUGAUAAAAUGGCAAUUAAAGCAGCAAAAGACAUAUAUGAACAUGCAUUGAAGCUUGGACCAGAAUAUCGACAUUACAUUUCAGCAGUCAUACCAUACAUGUGUACUCAAAACCAAGAUACCAACGAUUUAGAACAAAAUGAAACAUUUUCGGUUUCUUCUCCAACUCCCCUUUGA